UCUGGGUGGCAAUGUGUGUGUAUGUGUGUGAGUGUGUACUUUGAUGUACAUGAAAUAGUGUGUGUUCAUGCUUGUGUCUAAGGUUGUAAAUUGGUCUGUAUUUAUUCUUUAAUAUGAUAAAGAUCAUCUGCAGAAUUUGUUUGUGUUGCGUUGGAGAGAGAGAUAGAGAGAGAGAGAGCAAGUGUGUGUGUGUGUGCGUGUGUGUGUGUGUCAGGGGUGUGUCUACGCGCAGUGUGUGUCAAUGUCACAGGUAUAUACAAGGCCGUGAGAGCUCUUUCACCAUUGGUGCAGAAGUUCCUCGUCUCUUCUCACAGUUGCCUAUGUGGAACUGAGCAAGCUGAUGAAGAACGAGGGCGAGCAGGGUGGCCUGCAGGAGACAGGACAAUGGCAGGGUUACAAAGAGAGCCGCGACCCCGAGGUUGGCUACUGGGAAUCUUCUCAAGUCUCCUAUCUGACCUUCAAGAGCCUCAUGCAGCUCAGACAGGCGAUGGACACCGGGGUGGUGAUGUUGGACAGAGAAGAGCCAUCGCUCUCCAGCAUCAUGGAGAAAAUAGUGGAUGAGAUGAUCGAGAAGAAGGAGAUCAGCUCUGGCGACCGUGACGGGGUUUUGAAAGCUUUAACGCAGAAUCGUAGCCAAUCAGUGGAGACACAGGCUCUGACAUCAUCUUUAGAAAUUCAGACUUUCUCCAUUGCAGAAAAGAGAGAUGCAUCUGAAAGCGUGGAGGCCUCUGUGGUGUUCGUGGGGGCUCUGGACUUCCUGGAGAAGCCGACCAUGGCGUUCGUCCGCCUGAAGGAAGCCCGUGUUCUUGAGACUUCGCCGGAGGCUUCAGCUCCUGUUCGCUUCAUCUUUGUGCUGAUUGGAUCAACCACAAACGACGUGGACUACCACGAGACUGGACGAGCUAUGACCGCACUUCUGGCAGAUAACGUGUUCAACCAGGCAGCAUUAAAAGCUCAGAGCGAUAAAGAGCUGAAUGAUGCAAUGACGGACUUCCUGGAUUGCAGCGUGGUGAUCCCGCCCACAGAGAUUCAGGACGAAACCAUGCUUGCGCCCAUCAUUGGCUUCCAGAAGAAGCUCCUGCAGGAGAGACUCCGCCCCUCUGAACCUCAGCGCCACCUCAACCCCCAAGCAGAUAGGAGAUCGUCUAUUUCCAAAGUGCCUCCACCGGAGGAUCCGCUGGUGCGCACCGGCAUACCAUUCGGAGGAUUGAUCAGAGAUAUGAGAAGACGCUACAAACACUACAAGAGUGACAUCACUGACGCCAUGAACGCUCAAGUCCUUGCUGCCGUAAUCUUCAUUUACUUUGCCGCCCUCUCCCCUGCUAUCACCUUCGGCGGUCUGCUAGGUGAGCAUGACUGUGUAUAUAUGUGUGAUGUGGGAAAUUUAACGAAGAUGAUAUUCAAUCAAAUGUCGUGUUACCAUUUUUCCCCGCCUCCUGCCACAGCUGAUAAAGUUGAUAGUAUGAUGGGAGUGUCAGAGCUCAUGCUGUCUACGGCAGUGCAAGGUGUCAUUUUCUGCCUGGUUGCCGCCCAGCCGGUCCUCGUCAUCGGCUUCUCAGGACCGCUGCUGGUCUUCGAAGAGGCCUUCUAUGGGUUCUGCAAGUCUCAGGACAUCGAGUACAUCGUAGGUAGAGUGUGGGUCGGCGUGUGGCUCAUUGUCAUCGUUGUGCUGAUCGUGGCGAUGGAGGGCAGCUUCCUGGUGCGCUUCAUCUCCCGCUUCACCCAAGAGAUCUUCUCCAUCCUCAUCUCCCUCAUCUUCAUUUACGAGACCUUCUCCAAACUCGGCAGUAUUUUCAAGGCCCACCCUCUUAAUCUCAACUACGAGCACUUGAACACCUCAGUUGCAGAUCCUUGGCACCCCAUCAUCACUCAUCACACGACUAAUUCUACAGGCAACCUCACCACAGUCACCACCAUCCGUUACCGUGCCUACCCCAACACGGCACUGCUCUCCAUGUGCUUGAUGUUCGGCUGCUUCUCCAUCGCUUACUUCCUACGCAUUUUCAAGAAUGGAUACUACCUGCCUGGCAAGGUUCGUCGUUUGAUGGGUGACUUUGGUGUCCCCAUCGCUCUUUUCCUCAUGGUUGCUGUGGAUAUCAGUAUUAAUGACACCUACACACAAAAACUAGUGGUUCCUAAGGGCUUGCAGGUGUCUAACCCUGCCAUGCGAGGCUGGCUCAUUAACCCCAUGGGCGAGCACAAGCCUUUCCCCACCUGGAUGAUGUUUGCUUGUGUCGUGCCCGCCAUUCUGGUCUUCAUCCUCAUCUUCCUUGAAUCACAGAUCACUACGUUAAUUGUGAGUAAACCCGAGAGGAAGAUGGUGAAAGGUUCUGGCUUCCAUCUCGAUCUUCUGAUUUUGGUGUGCAUGGGAGGGUUCAGUGCUUUCUUUGGAAUGCCGUGGCUCAGCGCUGCCACAGUUCGCUCUGUAACACACGCCAAUGCCCUGACUGUCAUGAGCAAAGGGCCCAAACCGGAGAUCGAGAAGGUUCUGGAACAGAGGAUUAGUGGUAUAUUGGUGGCCCUCCUUGUGGGAAUGUCCAUCCUCAUGGAGCCCAUUCUGAAGAUGAUCCCCAUAGCGGCUUUGUUUGGAAUCUUCCUCUACAUGGGAGUCACAUCUCUGAGUGGCAUUCAGCUGUGGGAUCGCAUGCUGCUGCUCCUUAUUCCAAAGAAGUACCACCCCAAUGAACCGUAUGCUCAAAGAGUGAAGAUGAGCAGGAUGCAUAUGUUCACGGGGAUCCAGAUUGUGUGCCUGGCCGUGCUGUGGAUAGUGAAGUCAAGCCCAUUGUCACUCGCCCUGCCCUUCAUCCUCAUCCUGACCAUCCCACUGCGCAUGUACCUCAGCCGUCGCCUCUUCACCAAGCUCGAGAUGAAAUGCCUGGAUGCUGAUGAUGCCAAAGUGACGUUUGAGGAGGAGCCCGGCGUGGACGUGUACUCAGAGACCCGGAUGCCAUCGUAAAUAUGUUACACCAACGAUGCGAAGGCUACUUUCAGUCCCAUAUUGGCUUGUGAUAUAGAGAUGCUUAAUAAAUGCAGUGUAUGCACAAGUAUCUCCAAGUUAAAUGGAGUUAAACCAAGUUAAACCACUAUGCUGAACAAUUGCCAUAUUAACCCCUUGAAGUCUAAAAAAAAUUUAAUAUUUUGCCAUACAUUUUGUUUUGCUGUAUUAAACCACCUUAAAAAGUUUUUAA